GCGUUCCCGCCCUCGCUCCGCGCUCAGGUAGCUGCGAGGAAACUUUUGCAGCGGCUGGGUAACGGCACGUCUCCCGUUCCUCCGGCCACUGCUAGCCUCGCUGCUUUGGGGGCUGCUCUUGUCCCCGUCGCCACUCUCCCGCGCUCCCCUCGCCUUCCUCCCAGCAGGAUGGCGGGGUCCGUGCGCACCGCGUGCUUCGUGGCCGCGAUGCUGCUCCACUUGGACCUCCCGGGACAGGCGCAGCCUCCACCCCCACCGGACGCCACCUGUCACCAGGUUCGCUCCUUUUUCCAGAGACUGCAGCCCGGACUCAAGUGGGUGCCCGAAACCCCCGUACCAGGAUCAGAUUUGCAAGUAUGUCUCCCCAAGGGCCCAACAUGCUGCUCAAGGAAGAUGGAAGAAAAAUACCAAAUAACGGCACGUUUGAACAUGGAACAACUGCUUCAAUCUGCAAGUAUGGAGCUCAAGUUCUUAAUUAUCCAGAAUGCUGCAGUUUUCCAAGAGGCCUUUGAAAUUGUUGUUCGCCAUGCCAAGAACUAUACCAAUGCCAUGUUCAAAAACAACUAUGCAAGCCUGACCCCACAAGCUUAUGAGUUUGUAGGUGAAUUUUUUACCGAUGUGUCUCUCUACAUCCUGGGUUCUGACAUCAAUGUGGAUGACAUGGUCAAUGAACUAUUUGAUAGCCUGUUUCCAGUUAUCUAUACCCAGUUGAUGAACCCAGGCAUUCCUGAGCCAGCCUUAGACAUCAAUGAGUGCCUCCGUAGUGCCAGACGUGACCUGAAAGUAUUUGGGAAUUUCCCCAAGCUCAUUAUGACCCAAGUUUCCAAGUCACUGCAAGUUACUAGGAUCUUCCUCCAAGCCCUGAAUCUCGGAAUCGAAGUGAUCAACACAACUGAUCACCUGAAGUUUAGUAAGGACUGUGGCCGAAUGCUUACCAGAAUGUGGUACUGCUCUUACUGUCAAGGACUGAUGAUGGUUAAGCCUUGCGGUGGCUACUGCAAUGUGGUUAUGCAAGGCUGCAUGGCAGGUGUGGUGGAGAUUGACAAGUACUGGAGGGAAUACAUUGUGUCCCUUGAAGAGCUGGUGAAUGGCAUGUACCGAGUUUAUGACAUGGAGGAUGUUCUGCUUGGACUCUUUUCGACCAUCCAUGAUUCCAUCCAAUAUGUCCAGAAGAACGGAGGGAAGCUGACCACCACCAUUGGAAAGUUGUGUGCCCAUACUCAACAACGCCAAUAUAGAUCUGCUUAUUAUCCUGAAGAUCUGUUUGUUGACAAGAAGGUACUGAAAGUUGCUCAUGUGGAACGUGAAGAAACCCUGUCCGGCCGCAGAAAGGAACUGAUUCAGAAGCUGAAGUCGUUCAUCAACUUCUAUAGUGCUCUGCCUGGCUACAUCUGCAGCCAUAGCCCUGUGGCCGAGAAUGAUACCCUUUGCUGGAAUGGUCAGGAACUUGUGGAGAGAUACAGCCAGAAGGCGGCGAGGAAUGGAAUGAAGAAUCAGUUCAACCUCCAUGAGCUGAAGAUGAAGGGCCCUGAACCGGUGGUUUCCCAAAUUAUUGACAAGCUGAAGCACAUUAACCAGCUCCUGAGAACCAUGUCUAUGCCCAAAGGUAGAGUUGUGGAAAAGAACCUUGAUGAAGAAGGGCUUGAAAGUGGAGACUGCGGUGAUGAUGAAGAUGAGUGCAUUGGAGCCUCUGGCGAUGGAAUGAUGAAAAUGAAGAAUCAACUCCGCUUCCUUGCUGAACUGGCUUAUGAUCUGGAUGUGGACGAUACUCCUGGAAGCAAGCAACAUGUGAAUCAGAAUGAGAAUGAGAUCGUCAUCAUCUCUCGCAACGGUGGGAAUGGCCCUUCUCCCCUGAAGAUUCUAACCAGCUUGGCGAUCUAUGUGGUGUGCUUUUUCUUCCUGAUGCACUGAAUUCCUAGUGCACAGCACCCGUGCUGCCCUUCAGCACCCUGUGGUCUUCCUCUAUAACAGGAGCCACCUUUUUAAUUUUUUUUUUAUAUUUUUUAAUCUCAUAUACCUCCUCUAGCCAUUAAGUAGAAGACUAACCAUGUGUUAUGUUUUUGAAAUGAAAUGGGAUUUUUAUGAGGCAGGUACAUUUUAGUAGUAGUAGUAGUAGUAGUAGUAGUAGAGAUUGCCCUUUUGUAAAGAAGAAAAACCAAGUUGUGCCAAAUAAUUUUUCUAUGUUUGGCUGCUAGAACAUGGUUAUCAUGUGUAUCUCUCUUUCUCUUUUUCUCUUUGCAUGGAUUUCUUUGGAACAAAAAAAAUAAAUAAACGUCAAAAUGC